AUGAAGUCCUCCACCGUCACGGCCAUCGCCCUCCUCGGCCUCACCAACGCCGCCACCAUCCGCAUCUGCAAGGACCAGACCCUCGGCAACUGCGUCACCACGGACGUCGGCGGCCGCAGGACGUCCCUCGCACCCUCGGAUUCGCCCCUCAGACCUCUCCAGCCUUCGGGCUUCAUUCCUCUCCGCCCUCAAAAACGCGAAGCUGACAAACUUGCUACCGUCUACUUUAUUCCCUUCCUUCCAAGAACGGAGAAGAUGAAACAUUCGUUUGCGCUCCUGUACGUCAAGCGACGGUCGUCAAGAAUAUCUUUCCGAACACAAUUUCUUCAAUCUACUUGCGACGGCAGCUGCGGCGGCGCCUCCUGGACCACUAGAGGUCUCCGGAACACCGUCCCCUCCAACUUCAACGACAACCUCAGUUCCGUCCGCUGCUAG